AGGCGAGUAGGCGGUGCGAUUUUGACACUGGCUAGACUCUCUAUAUAAGGUCAUUGCAGGACCUUAAGUUCAUCACAACAAAUUCACAAGUCCAAUACAGACCUAAAGAUCUUACAUUUGUUUCGACUCCAGACCUCUCUAUCAUUUAACUCAAUCUACUAAUUUGAAGCAAUGGCCAUGGUCACAAAGUUGGGCGAAGAAUAUCCAGUGGUGAUCUUCAGCAAAAACUCCUGCUGCAUGAGCCACAGCAUCAAGACACUGAUAUACAGUUUUGGAGCCAAUCCAAUGGUGUACGAACUCGAUGAACUUCCAAAUGGACAGCAAAUGGAGAAGGAACUCAAGGCAUUAGGACAUAAGCCAAGUGUGCCUGUGGUUUACAUAGGUAAGGAACUAAUCGGCGGGCCUAAUGAGAUCAUGAGCCUCCAUGUCAAAGGCAAGCUGGUGCCAAUGCUCCUAAAGGCUAAAGCUAUAUGGAUAUAGCUUAUAGUAAUGCAAUGAAGAUAAUGAGGCUUUAAUAAUUUGCAUCAAUCCUGUAAUAUGAAGGACAAAUUUUGGUUAAGUACGAGAUUACCUCAGAGCUGAGAUUUUAUACUUAAUCCUUUCUGCUACUAUCGGGCAAGAAACCUAGCUAUAUAGACAUGUAAACUCUUUUUGUUUAAUAAAUGAGUUACAGACUUACA